GACGGUAUUCUAUGGGCAAUACAAGUGCAAAGGGGCAGGAGCAAGUUUUGCAGGAAGAGUGUCUUGGUCAAGAGAACUCACUGAACAAGAGGCUAAGCCUUUCAUUUCCCUCACCUUCAUUGAUGGGUCUGAAUGGAUUACAUUAUGAUCCUUCCUAUGUUAUGUAUCAUAGAGAAUCUCUGUUUUGGAGCACUCUGCGACCUCUGUCUUACCUUGAUACAGUGUUUGUUAACUGUGUUGUCAUUUGGACCGAACAAGUGGAAUUUGUCGGGGGAUUUUGGGGCUGGAGGAUAAUCUUCAUAAUAGUUGGUGAACCGUCGGGCCUUCAGGGCCCGAACACUUUCUUGAGCCCUCAUGAGAGCUUGCAUGCUGUGCAGUACUGCUGCCGCCUGUUUACGCACCAAAAAUCCUCUCGCCAGCGCCUGAAUCUUCACCAGUCCCUUCAAAGCCCCCAUAAAUCAGUCGAUUUAACAAUUAAUUACCAUAUAUCCCCGAAAAGCCGCUUGGAUCUUAGCAGCAGCCAGCUUUUCCCGCGCGCGAGUGGUGAGAAGAACGACGGUGGCCGCCGCCUGGGCCGCGGCCACGGCGGCGUCGGCAGCGGCCGCGGUGGCGGCAGCUACUGCCCUGGCGUGCCGCUUCUCCUCGCUGUCGGGGCCUUCAACCACUUGGGUUGGAUUGGAGCAUGGAAUCUGGGGCUGUUUGUAUAUUGUGGAAAGGCUGCCAUAAAGAACAAUGCAGCAGAAAAGGAAUAUGUGAUAACAGCUAUUCAGAAAGGUGUUUGUACUUUACUACCUAUGGUGGACCAAAGACUAAAAAUCUUGAUUCCCCACCCCGAAAAGGUCCCUCCUCUCCUCUGCCUUGACAAAGCCAAACACAAGUAUCCCUACACUGUUAACAGACAUGAGAGAAAUUUGAAGCAUUUCGGCAUGCAUCACGUUCGGGCUCUGGUAUUCUAUGGGCAAUACAAGUGCACAGGGGUAGGAGCAAGUUUUGCAGGAAGAGUGUCUUGGUCAAGAGAACUCACUGAACAAGAGGCUAAGCCGAUAAUCUUCAUCAUAAUUGGUGAACCGUCGGGCCUUCCGGGCCCGAACACGUUCUUGAGCCCUCAUAAGAGCUUGCAUCAGUACUGCAGCUGCCUGCUUAUGCACCAAAAAUCCUCUCGCCAGUGCCUGAAUCUUCACCAGUCCCUUCAAAGCCCCCGCUUGGAUCUUAGCAGCAGCCAACUUUUCCCGCGUUCGAGUGGUGAGAAGAACGACGGUGGCCGCCGCCUGAGCCGCGGCCACGGCGGCGUCGGCAGAUGCCGCGGUGACGGCAGCUACUGCCCUGGAGUGCCGUUUCUCCUCGUUGUCGGGUUCAUUAUAAAACGAGUUGAGCCACACGGCCUUGGCAAUGAGAAGGGAGGAUUGAUUAAGUUUGUGGGGGGUCGGAUUGGAGUAUGGAAUCUGGGCCUGUUUGUAUAUUGUGGAAAGGCUGCCAUAAAGAACAAUGCAGCAGAAAAAGGAAUAUGUGAUAACAGCUACACAGAAAGGUGUUUGUACUUUACUACCUAUGGUGAACCAAAGACUAGUACUAUAGAGAAUACGAUGGGUGAAAAAAUACGUUCU